CUUCCUUCUCUCUCACAGCCGCCGCCAGCAGAAAUGACAACCCGUUUCAAGAAGAACCGUAAGAAGAGAGGCCACGUCAGUGCAGGACACGGUCGUAUCGGCAAACACAGGAAGCAUCCAGGUGGUCGUGGUAAUGCUGGUGGUAUGCAUCAUCACCGUAUCCUUUUCGACAAGUACCAUCCAGGUUACUUCGGUAAGGUAGGUAUGCGUUACUUCCACAAACUCCAUAACAAGUUCUAUUGCCCAACUGUUAACAUCGACAAGUUAUGGUCACUUGUUCCACAAGAAGUGAAGGAUAAGGUUGCUGUUGGUAGUACUAAAGGGACUGCACCUAUCAUUGAUGUUACUCAGUAUGGGUAUUUUAAGGUUCUUGGAAAAGGUGUUUUGCCCGAAAAUCAGGCUGUUGUUGUGAAGGCUAAGCUUAUUUCCAAGAAUGCUGAGAAGAAGAUUAAGGAGGCUGGUGGUGCUGUUGUGCUCACUGCUUAGGUAUGCCUUUUUGAUUAGUAGUUUUUGGUUAUUUUAUAUUGCCUAUCUCAGACUUGUCGUAGUUG